AUGUCACUUACGGACAUACACUCAAAGACAUGGGCAGAAAAAAUAGUGCUACAGCUCCAGAGCAGCCUCCUGUCACUUCCCGGAGAAGUACGGACAAACAUCUGGAAAAAUGCUCUGAAAUGCCCACAAAGGGCACUACCAUACUCGCUACACGAUUCGACCAGCUGCGGAUUUGGCUACGUACCUCUGGGGUUUGUAGAAACCACUUGUGGCAUUCCUAAGCACGAUUGGUGGGCUUUCAGGAAGUCCUCAAGCAGAACAACCCUUGGGAGGCUUAUCAUUACUAGUCGGCAGAUGUACGUCGAUAUAGUAGGCGGCAACUUGUUCUAUAAGGCGAAUGCCUUCAGCUUGGAUGUAUUAGAACGAAAUCAAUUCUACGCUCUCGACCAGCUGAAAUUGGAUUGCAUCACCUCAUUACAUUUUACUUGGAGGCGGCCGUUGGGGAACACGCCAGAAGACACACCAAAACUAUUCCAAGAUCUCGCCAUGUGUCAAAAUCUGAAAUAUUUGGUCCUCUCGCUUUACAUAACAGUGGUCUUAAACAUAGACCCCGAUUCCAAAGGCGAGACAAAUUUCAAAAUAUCAGACAAAAGUCUCGAUAAUAUACGCAAUCUCCCAGCUUUUCGAGCUCUGAAGGGACUGAAGACCUUUGAACUGAGGAUCAGAGCAAGUUCGGAUACCGGUCACACACUGGUUUGGAGAAGCUCAAGAGAUCCAGAUAUAGCCAAAUCUGCAACUCCACGUAAACAACAUAACGGCAGGAUAGAUCUGAUAUCAUUCGAGUCAAUACGCAUUGGACUACAUAAUAAUAUCAAAUUGCGGCAGCUAGAGGCAGACUUGAAAGCGCAGAUGUCACAGCCUCGACUUGAGAAUUAG